UCUUUUUACUUUUCCAAAAUAAAAGCAAUAAAUAAAUAAAUAUUAAUCAUUUAAUCAUGGAAAACUCUGUAAAUGUUAAUUUAGAAACAGAUGUAGUAACUGGCGAAACACUAGCCCACUUUGUCACUUCAAUUCUAGAAUUUCUUUUAUACCAACGAAAUCAAAUUCCAUUUGUUUGCAAAACAUUUAAAUAUUUAAUUUCAAAAUGGAAGAAUAACGAUACAAAUGAAGAUGUUGUUCCAAGUAAUUUCCAGCUUGAAAGACAAAAGGAUAUGGCCAAACAAACUCUGGAUUGUAUUAAACUUAUGGGAGAGGUAAUAAGCAGAGGAUUUCAACAAAGUGAUAUAACACGAGUGAGAUUUUUAUUUGGUUCGACAGCUAUUCUACCAAAGGAAGCAUACACAAUCGUCGUUCCAUCAAUUUCUAGAACACACUCCUACGAACAUCACAAACUGCAGACACAUGUUCUUAACCAAGCUUUAAUUUCCCUCCUAACAUCCGACUGCCUUUACAACACAUUCUCCACAAAUCUCUGUCCGACAAAUGUUUUCCUUGAAUUGAAAAUGCCCGAUCAUGAUGCAAAUGGAUGGGAACAAGUCUUUUCAACGGAUUUGUGUGAAUUGCCAUCUAGUUGCAAACAUAUUGUAAUAAACUUGAUACAUGUAAUGCCUGCGGAUUAUGUUCAAACAAAUUGUUGCAAAGAUUUGAUGAUAUUUGAAGAUUUUGCAAACUUAUCUGUUGAAAAGAAGAGUUCUGAGAAAAUGGAUAGUACAACACAACAGAAUACAACACCACAAGUUGGAUGGUGGGAAGCUUCAACUAUUGUUAGAGGAUUUAAGCAAACAGCUGUUAAAGGCAACACAAUUUGGCAGUAGUUAUUAGGAAUUUCAUCU